UGACAUUCUUGCCGCUCGCUCCCUUUUCCCUCCGCCGCGGCUCCGCCCCGCGGGGGCUGGUGCAGAGCUCCCGUUCCUCACCGUGAGGGGAUCCCGAGCUUGGGAUCCCGAGCGCAUCCCUGCCGUCCUGCCCGGGCGGGAUGAAGGGAGGGCUGAGCAGUCCCGCCGGGAUUUAACGGCCGGGGCGGGCUCAGGGGUUGCGGCCAACGGCGGGAAACGGCCUCCGGAACAGGGGCUGAGGGGCGAGCUCUGCUCCUUAUUCCUGCAAAAUGUAGGAGCCGCGGGUGGCCCCGAGAGAGCCGAGGUCCAGUUCCGCUCCUACUGUACCCUGAGUUUAAGACUUAAGACUUAAUCUUCGAACCUGAGAGGAGGCCAGGCUGGGCUCACAUGCCUGCAGCAGGAGUCAGGAGUACUCGGACAAUACGUCAGAGGAAAGCAGCCCAAAGUAGGCAGUGCUGAUAAUUUGUCCCAAAGCUGUGUUGUACUGUCAGCAGGUUCUUGGCUGGCGUGAAGAACUCUAGGUUCCAAGAAGACAAGUUGCACUGGAACUCCAGCAACAUACUGUCAAAACCAUCUGCAUUGAUCUUUAAGAUGAGAUUUCUAAGCACUUGAAACCUACCCACUGGGGUAGAAGGCUGUUUUCUCACUGUUUUCUGGCUGAGUGGGCUAUUAAUGACUGAAUGGGCUCUGCUGGGAAGGCUUGUCCUCACACCAUGACAGCUGAUGUGUCAGAAGCUGGAGAGCUAGCUCUGGAGCCUCUACUCACUUGCAAGCUAUGUCUCUGUGAAUAUUCCCUGGAUAAGAUGACCACUCUUCAGGAAUGCAGCUGCAUCUUUUGUACAGCGUGUCUAAAACAGUACAUGCAGCUGGCAAUUCAAGAAGGUUGUGGUUCUCCUAUCACAUGUCCAGACAUGGUGUGCUUGAACCAUGGGACUCUACAAGAAGCAGAGAUUGCCUGUUUGGUGCCUGUUGACCAGUUUCAGUUGUACAAGAGGUUGAAGUUUGAACGAGGUGUGAACGUUUUUGUUUCUAUUACCUUCCUUUUUACAGUGUCAGUGGAGGUAGCACUGCUACAUACUGCAAAGACAAAGCCUGUUGAGUGAGCUGAGGAACAGACAGAGAUGUCUUUGUUUUGAAAUAUUUUCACUAGGUCUCACUGUGCUCCAAGACAAAUUUGAAGUUCUUUCAGUUUUGCAGAAUCAACAAAGUGGCAUCUUACUGAAUUAUCAGACUUUUACUCAGGCUUAUGGGCAACACUCUCAGAUUGUGAACCUGUGGCUCCAUUGUUCUUCCUAUAGCAUGCUCAUCCUGAGUGCUUGAGGUGGUGGUUGUACUGUUAGAAUUAGACAGGCUGCUAGAGGCUGGUGCAUGGCAGGGCACACAGUCCUUUUGUACGUCCAUAGGGAUCUUCAGAACUUCUGAGGGAGACAUACCCUGAAGUGCAAUGUGGAUUUUUGCAAGCAUCACUGAAAAAUAGAUUUUAUUGUGUAGAAGCCUCAUGUGUGUUCAUCUAGUAUAGUUGCUCUUUUUUUCCAGAGGAAUAAUAGGUCCCCUCAUAACUGAGUAAAGCCUAUUAGUAAAGAAAUUUGAAACUGAUGGUCUCACUGGGGCCAAGCUUUUCUAUUCCCAGAGGUCAGCCUUCUGCAUCUGGAGAUGGUUCCUUGCCAAGGCUGAAGAAGAAACUUGCUAGUUAGAAAGAUGAGAUCCCAGUCCUGCUUCUAAAGACCGACACCAACUUGAAAGUCUCAUUUGGAAGCUGAAGUGUUUUUCAAGGGACUCACUUCAUGGUAGUUUGCAGACUGGUGUGUCUGGGACUGAUCUGCCCUAACUCUGCCUAUUUUCAAACUUUCCUUGAAAGACUGUGCUUAUGUUCUUGCUUUGCAUACAUGCUUAGAUGCAGGUGGACUAGGAAUGUGUAAGACAGUGCAGAGGUUUAUAAAAAUUAGGUAAAGUAAUGCACUUGUAAAGAUGGUCAUAUAGAAGAACACAUAGGUUUUUAUAGGAACUAAUCUGGCAUGAGUCAGAUGACUGCAUGAGCACGAAGUACAAAAACUUCAGAAUGGGGCAUGCUGAAAUAUGCCCCAGAAUUCAUAGGAGAGUGCAGAUUUUAGCUAUGA